AUGCAUGCAUCAUGUCCGCUCGUCUGGAUUCCGCAUCAUCUUCCCGCCCUCAAGGCUUUCGGCCAGGCGCCUGUGCCACACCACAUUUCUACGCCUUGCGCGCUCCUGCGAAUACACCAGCGCUCGGCAUCCGAGUCGGGUCGUGCGCAGCAUCCAUGUACCGACACCGCCGCGGCAGUGGUCGUGGCAGAGUGGCCUUCAUGUCCAGGGCACAUAGCAACACCUUCAGGCAGUGAUAAUGAUUGCUUCUUUCUCUGUCACUGUGGCAGAGGCCCAGGCGUCAGUUCCGCAGCGCCUCCAUCGAACGUCACGUGCUGUACUCACUGGGUGGUGCUGAAAAUGCACAGGGUGUUGCACACAGCUCGCGCAGCUAGGGUCAAAAUCUACCCAAGCGGUGAUGGUAGCUGCCAGCAGUGGAUGGGUUGGCGUCUACGACUGGGCACCGUCUUGUACGCCUCUGACUGGCAGUUUCUCGUUUCUCAGCAGGAGCGAAAGACGGCAACGGUGGAAAGCUGCUUGGAUAUCGAUAUCACCGGCGUGAAAAACGAGCAAACCGCAACGGCAGAUAUGGAGGCACUCAGCACGUUCUUUCCAGCGCUGCACCACGGUCGCUACUACCCUACAGCACAGGCCUUUGUGUAUCACUGUCGGCACAGCGACGAGCACCUUGUAUGGUGUGAAAAAGACCCCCUUGUAUCGGUAGUGUGGGAGGGAGCGGAGGGGGGGAAAACAGAAGCGGCGACACAACAUGACGCGGGCUCACCCAUAGUCAAGGAGUGCGACAAGGCUGCUGCGGGAUACACCUCUGUGGUUGCGCCAACGAACGCGCAGGAGUGUCAGUCGCGCAUGGGUGAAAGCCGCAAGCGCCGGCGUUACUGGCUGUCACAGCUCAGACGCGAAUGCCCUAGUACGCGAGCUCGCCGCAACGCGGUGCCGUCAUGUAUGCACCGCUCAUCGGCCGAAGCGGCCACUUUUUCUGCCUCGGCUAGCACAGCAGCCGUCACCAGCACCACGGCGCUAGACUCGAUCUGUUGCGCGUACCUUCUCACGUUGAAGCAUCCCCACAACUGCCUCUCCGAAAGCGGCGAAAGGUUAGUGCCCACGACUGCCGCGGCGCCAGCAAACGUUCAGGAGCAGUGCAGUAAAUCGCUACAUGUGUCGCAAUCACCGCUGCGCAGCUCGAGCGAGGACAUCGAAGAGCUACUACAGUCGUCGUCUUAUGCGAGCUGGUACCUUGCCCUGCUCCCGGCGUGCCGAUCCGCUCUCCUUGUACCACAUGGCACGGGAGCGGCGGCGACGAUGUCGGUGGGGGGUGCGGAGAAGGCCAGCCAUAAUGACACACGCCGCCGCGCUCUGCAAGAGGUAUUUCUGCAUGGCAUCACCGCCUCUCUGGCACUGUGGCUUUGCAAGCGUAGCAGCGGCGCCUUUGGCUCCAUCGAGGCGUGUGCGCUGCAGCAAUGUGAGCUCUCUCCAGCUCUCUUCACAGCAUCCACAGGUGAUGCCACCAUACUCGUCGCAGCGCUGCUGCGGGACUGGUGGAAUCGGCUCAGCCAGGAGGCGACUCAGUACUUCUCUUUGUCUGCGACAGCCGCACAAGGAGGCUCGCAGCAACGAUGGAACCGUUGCUGCAUCGCCCACCAGGUGUGGACGAGCCUGCAGACGUGGGACUGUGUUAGCAACGUGCGUCCCGCUCCAGACGUGGCACCUCCACCCGCACCGCUGAAGCACCUGUGUGUGGCCUGUGCAAUUGCUGUGACAAGCAUUCAGCGCAGCCACGAGCAGGUUCUAUGGUGGAAUAUGCCUGGACCAGCAAUGGAACCAAGCCGUGAGUAUGCUGACAAGGCGGCCGACUGUGAUGCAUCAGCUGGAACCUGGGCAACUCAAAGCGCUGCUAACGGUGGUGCUGCUGAAACCACUGGUCGAUCGCCAAGCAUCGAUGGCGUCGCGCCAAAUAUGCUGUACACCCCCGCAUCGUGUCGACUUGCUCGCAUGUCAGCCAACGAAAGCCGCCGCUGGUGCGACGAUUACCGCGCAUGUAUGGACCUAGUUCUGCAGCUUCUCUUUGCCGAGCAGGAACAGCAACUUCAUCGAGUGCCACAAGCAUACAGAGAGGGAUGGGGGUGA